AUGACGAUUGAUGACAUGAUUCGCAGAUCAGAGAGGAUUCCUGCUUGGUGGCACACAGCUUUAACCGGUGAGGGACAACGAUUUGAAAGUGCGAAGGAGUUAAGAUUGGCCUUGCUAUACUACUCCACGGUAAAAAAAUUUGAAUACGAGUUUGGGAAGAAUGAACCGAAGCGUAUUCGAGUGUUUUGUCGGUUUAAGGCAGCAAAAAAUUGUCCGUGGAUGUUAUUUGCCUCUCCACCGAAAAAUGAUAAUAGACUUGAAAUCAAAAGGUUUGUGGACAAUCACAGUUGUAGGCAGCAUGGCAAUAAUGCUGGUCAAUCUAGAGUCUCAAGGCGAUUCAUUGCUACCCAAUUACAACCCACAUUAAAGGUUCGACCGGAUAUACAGCCUAUUGACGUUCAAAAGGAGUUUCUAAGCUCGUAUGGGAUUAGGGUCGAUUAUAGUAAGAUUUGGUGGGGUAAAGAAAGAGCACAAGAGAAAUUAUAUGGUGAUGCCCAUGAGUCCUACGAUCAAUUACGAUGGUAUGUAGAAGAGGUCAAGAAGACAAACCCAGGUAGCUAUAUUCAUGUUGAACAAAAUGAGGGGAGGUUUACAAGGUUAUUCAUAUGCUACGCCGCCUGCAUAAAUGGUUUUUUAUACGGCUGUAGACCACUCUUAUUUUUGGAUGGUACCUUUCUUAAAGAUCGAUUCAAAGGCAUACUCCUAAGCGCCGUAGCAUAUGAUGGAAAUCAGGGGAUAUUUCCAUUGGCGUAUUGUAUAUGCGAUCAGGAAAAUAAUGUUAACUGGAAGUGGUUCUUACAAGGUUUGUGGUCUAUUCUCUAUGAAAGGCCAGAUCCAUACAACCCUCCACACAAGCUAGUGAUAAUUUCAGAUGCGGAUAAGGGGAUCAGAGAAGCAGUUAGAGAAUUUUUUCCAGAUUCUAUACACUCUCGAUGUGUGUUGCAUCUAGUUGAGAACUUCAGGACAAAGUUGAAGGAUUUGGGAUUCAAAUCAAAAGAUACUCAGAUCUUGGGUAAUCUAUUGCAAUCUGCCUGUUAUAAAUAUACUAGAGCAGAAUGGAACGAUUACAUAGACGACAUUAGACUGGUUGACGAAAGAGUUUACAAUAUUGUGAUGAACUACGCUCCAGAGAACUGGGCCAAUGCGUUUUUCCCUGGAGUUAAAUAUGGUCACGUUACAUCAAUGUUGCAGAGUCAUUUAACAAAUGGAUACAUGAGGCUAGGCUACUACGGAUACUUCAACUGA